CUCAACGGGCAGCACAGUCAAUGCUUUAUGUGAAGAAGUACCAACUGGUGCCACGGUCUCAUAGUCCUCCAUGCUUAUUUGUGUGUAUCAGAAUCUGGGAAAUGGACAUGACAUUUAGCCAUAAAACCAUAUCUUUAAUCUUUGGCUGUUUAUUUGCGUCAAUCCUUCCAAAAAUCUGCUCUACUGAUAAAAUUUGUACAGUCCCCUCAGAGCCAGUGACAAUUAAAGAGAACAACACGGCAGAUAUUGUUGUUGUCCAUAUUAACACAACAACAAAAGAUGUAACACUGAACCUCACAGAGAAUCCUGGGAAUGCCUUCCAGCUGAGGGGUUCAGAACUGAUAGCAAAGAAAGGCCUGGAUUUCGAAACACUUUCAGGUCAUGAAGAGCUGACUGUCCAAGUUCGAUGUAACAAAACUGGCUAUAGAAGCAUCACCUUGACUGUGAUUGUUCAUGUUGCAAAUAUCAAUGACAACCCUCCAUCAUUUGGUCAGCGCGAGUACACACUUGACAUAAAUGAGCUUACACCAGUUAAUACCAGCAUCGCCCUGAUUGAAGCAACAGAUGAUGAUUCUGAAGUUCUCUAUUAUUCUUUGGAACCUACUGUGAACAGAUACUUCAGACUUGAGACCAUAUAUACACCAAACAUCCUUGUGAACAAGGUUUUAGAUUAUGAUGUCAUCCAGCAGGUGAAGCUGAUCUUGUAUGUGCAGGAUACUCCACUACAGUCACAACCUAGCGAACGUUCCUUCACAGCUACAACAACCAUCACUGUCAAUAUUAAAGACAUUGACAACCGUCCUCCUUGGUUUCAACCAUGCACAAAAGUUACUGUUGGAAAUGCCAAAAUCUGCCUGAGCCUGGGGUACAGGGGAAGGGUUAACCUAACAGAGAAACAGGAUGGAGCCUUGCAAUUGCAGCCAGGUCCAGUGUAUGCAAGAGAUGGAGACAGAAGCAGAAAUGAAGAGAUAAGCUAUAAAAUUGUUCGGGGAAAUGAAGACAACAUAUUUCAGAUUGAUGAGAAUUCUGGAAACAUAUCCAUGCUGAAACCAGCAGACAUAGCAGGUCCUAUAUCCCUUUUAGUUUUGGCUUCCCAGUUAUUAAACAGAGAUCAGUUUGCCACCACUUCAGUCACCAUUGAUGUAAUGAAAAAGAGCAGGAAUCCUCCUAGGUUUGAGAAGGAAAGAUACGAAGGGUAUGUUUACAGUAACUCAGGCCCUGAAAACAUGGUGUUAAGGGACAGGACGUCCAACAAACCCUUCAGAGUCAGAGCAAGAGAUGAAGAUUUCGCAAGUGGAAUCAAUCCUGACAUUAGAUAUGAAGUGCAGUAUAGCAGCUACGUUAAUAUUACUACAGAUGGCUUUAUACUUUUGAAAAAAGCAGUUCGGACUGAUGCCUUCGCUUUGCAGCUUCGGGCAGUAGAUGUUUCUACUGGUGAGUCAGGGACAGCUGCUCUCUCUGUGGCUGUAUUACCACCAGUGGGCAUCCAGUCACAAGACGAGAGCUACCGUGCAGGAGACAUGGCUUUGCUGGGCUUUGUAAUGGCAGCUGUACUAGUGCUCUGCCUCAUUGUGAUCGGCUAUCUGAUAUCCCGUGUCAAGAAGGGGAAUCCUGACGCAUUCAAUUUGUCUGAGUGUUUAGGGCCAUGCUUGAAGUUUACUCAGCCCCCUAACAGGCCAAGAGAUAGCAUGCAGUUCACCAAUGAUGGUUUCUUGAAUGAAGGGGACAUGGGGAGAUCCAGAUCCAGGCGUGCUGACCUGAGGGAACGGAGGCUGGAUGCGGUUCAAGGGGCGAGGGUUCGAGUGAUUCCUCGUGAGAGACAGAGGCACUGCAGCUCCUGCGGAUUCCAGGUGCACGCCAACCAUUCACACCACAGUCCUGGCGUCCAGGUCAAAGAAAAGCCCAGUAAACAUAGGGUCAAAUCCAUUCUGGCCAAGGAGAGGAGGAAAGAUGACAAAAAGAGUUGGUUCAAAGAGAGCGAGGACUCGUCCGAUAUCGAGGUGGAGAUCAUUCCGGACACGAUAGGGCUUAAGACUGAAGACAACGAGGAAAGAGUCGAAGGGGAUUUUGCUUCCCAUCCACCAGAAGACGGUGAAAUGGUACUAGGGGAGUUGACCAUGUUGAAUAUACAGGACUCGAGAAGCAGGGAAACAGCCAUUACUGAUAGCAGAGAUGGACUGAACACAGACAGAAGAGACCAGUAAAGUUGCCUUCACACAUCAGAGACUGAAUUUCCAGCUUAGCUGAAAUAAUACAUGUUUAUUCAAAUAAAACGUGGUAAUUAAUGACACCGAUAUUUAUAUUUGUCAAUGCAGUUUUCCCCGUUGUGUGAUAUGCAAAUCUAAUGCUAAACUAAUGACAUGUGUUUAUAAUUUAACUGCUCAGAAUUUUUGCUUGUUUCAUGUUAAUAUAUUGUUGAAUACAGUAUUUUGUAUAAUUAUGUAAAUUAUUUGAUUAUGUGGAAG